AUGCCAACUCCAAAUCGUUCAGUUCAGCCCAUUCAUCCUACGGAUGAUAAUAGAGUCAAGCAUGCAUACGCGGAUGUUAAUGGACACAAGCUUCAUUAUGUGAUCGGAGAGCCAAAGUCUGGUAAUCCACGAGGAACAGUACUUUGUAUUCAUGGAUUCCCUGAUAUGUGGUACACAUGGAGAUAUCAAAUCCCGAUUCUAUUGGACCUAAAUCUCCGUGUCAUAGCUCCAGACUGUCUGGGCUACGGUGGAAGCUCAGCCCCCAAACAUCCGGAAACCAUCUACAGUCUUAAAUCCAACGCCGAUACCCUAGCCGCCCUCUUAUCCCACCUAAACAUCCAAUCCACCAUCCUCCUCGCCCACGACUGGGGUUCCAUGAUCGCCUGGCGUUUCUACAACUUCCACCCAAAUCUAGUCACCCACAUAAUCUCCCUCUGCGUCCCCUACGACCCACCUCAUCCGAACUCACCAUACCUCGAUCUGGAAAAAGUCGUAAAAAGGCUUCCGAAUUUCACAUACCAAAUCGCAUUAGCAGAUCCGCAAACGCUAGAAGAUAUGCAAGGUAAAGACCCCAUUCGAAGGUUUUUGAAAGCGAUGUAUAGAGGUGUUGGUGAUGGGAAAGGGUCGAAAGGUGGGAAUAUUAAUGUCCGGAAGGAUAUUUUGAAGAGUGUGGGUGAUAUGCCGCGUGGGUGGAUUAUUGGUGAGGAGGAGUUGGAGUGGUAUGUUGAACGGUUUUUUGAGACGGGGAUGCAUGGUCCUUUGGCGUAUUAUAAGAAUAGAAGGAAGAAUUGGGAGGAUGAGCAGAUGCUACAAGACCCUAUUGUUAGAGUCCCGGUGCUGUUUAUUGGUGCGACGAGGGAUACAGCAUUACCGCCGUCGAUGGCUUUGGGACAAAAGAAGUUUAUAACGGAUUUAACAUCGAAGCAGGUGGAGGCAAGCCAUUGGAUGGUCUGGGAACAGACUGAUGAGGUUAAUUCCAUUCUGAAGGACUGGAUUGGAAAUGUAGUUUUUGCAUCCAAAGCAAAGCUAUGA